UGGGCCUACGGACGGGCAGUGCGGCCCCAGACACCCCGCGACUCGCCGGCCUUCGCGACAUGCCGCGCUCGCAUCCCCACACUUUCCCGUAAACCACGUCUCCGUAAACCCAUUUCCCGCGUACACUCGUAAAGGUGACCAUGAAACGACGUGUUCUGUUUGUGCCCAAGUGAUGCGGGUUUGUGUUAUUUUACUGCACUCUGUAAACUGCGCUGAUAAUAAUUAAAACUCUGUACUUACUGUAGCAGCAUAAUGAAGACCGCGUUAGUGUCGAGUGUUGAAUAGUGAAGUGAGGUGAUUGACCGAGCAUGUAGUGGGACAGAUGACGUGAUAUAGGUGUGUGAAUAAAUAGAGGAUGCAGGGGGGAGAAUAGUGGAUUUUGCGGAUGUUAGAGGAUGCGGGGGCGAGACGUGUGACGCGGCCGGCGAGCGGAUGUAUCGCGGCAGCGUGUACAGCGUGAGCGAGGGCGUGGAGCGGUGCGCCUGUGCCAGGUACCACACUCCCCACACACUUUACCCGCCCACACUUACCGCACACACCGGACAACACCUGACAAUCCAGCAAUACGGUAGCGCACGCGCGGGUGCGGGUGCGGGUGCAGGCAUGGCCGGCUGAUGGAGGCGGGCUGGUGGUCCCCGUCGCCGUCGGCCUCGCCGCCGCCGCCGCCCCGUGCCCCGCGCGCCGCGCCGCGUUGCCGCUGCCGCCCGCUCUCCACCUCAUACACCUGCUUGCCGCACUAUGAUGGUUGGCCAGACGGGGAAGAAGAGUCGACGGCGGGGGCCUUGCGUGAGAGGGAGCUCCGGUCUCUCCACCGCACGGUGCCCGCACUGCGCAGGCGCGAGCUCGACACACGCGCCAUCAAGCACCACUUCUACCCUGAGGGGGGGUGGGGAUGGAUCGUGUGUGGCGCCGCGUUCCUCGCGCACCUCUUGUCCACCGGGUUGCAGCUAGCCUACGGCGCUCUACACGUGUACGCCCUCAGACAUUUAGGACCCACAGCCGACCACGCUGUAUGGGCAGGAGCGAUCUGCGUGGGAGUGUCGCGCGCGGCGGGUGCGCUGGUUUCGGCAAGGAAGCGGUCACCGAGACUGGUGGCGCUGCUGGGCGGUCUACUGCUGCCGCUAGCUUGCCUCUUCACCUCGUUCGCCACACAACUUCACCAGACAAUGCUGAGCUAUGGAGUGGUCCUGGGUAUCGGCUGCGGGCUGGUUCGUGAGGCGGCGGGGCUGGUGCUGGGCGCGUACUUCAGACGACGGAGGCAAUUCGUAGAGCUGGUGGCGCACGCUGGUGGUGGCGUCGGCAUCGCGCUCUUCAGCGUCGCCUACAAGGAAGCUGUCGGGAAACUCGGAUGGCGGCUGGGACUGCAAGCAAUAACAGGAGUUCUCGUUUUAGCGUUCUUCCUCAGCGCUGUGUACCGCAGCGCGUCACUCUACCACCCACAGCGACGCGCCAUUCUUCACCUCAAAAACCAACGCCGAAAGGUGAAGGAGAAGAAACUGAAAGGCCUAAAGAGACCCCCGCUUAUUGAUUUAAGUCCGUUGCGCUCAAGGCCGGCAAAAAUUUUGUUCCUCGCGGCUGGAGUAGCCGCUUUCGGAUUAUACACCCCCGUGUUUUUUUUGGCAUUGCAAGGGUUUCAAGAAGGUUUGGAGGAGAGCGCAUUGGUGCUGCUCCAGACAUUCCUGGGGUUCGCCGCAGUUCUCGGAUGCGCUGGCUUUGGGCUCGUGCUAGUGCGUCCGUCGGCUCAGUGCCUCGUCUCCAAACAAUACCUCUGCCAAACUGCCAUGCUUGGAAUAGGUAUAUCAAUGCUCGCUCUAAGCAGCGUUGAGGGUUACCACGGCUACGUGUUGUUUGCGUGGAUGUACGGCCUAUGUCUUGGAGGAUUCUUGUACUCAAUCAAGAUGCUGACCAUGGAACGCGUUCGUGGACGUCAUUUCACUAAGGUUUGGGGUUUCGUGCAAGGCGCGGAAGCUAUACCUGUGAUAGUAGGAGUGCCUGUGACUGGAUACAUCAACCAACAGGCGCCGAGAGCGGGCUUCUACUUUUCUACAGCGGCGACGCUCGCCGGCGCGCUGCUGUUGUUCUUCGUCGGGUUCUCUAAGAGAGACCCUGAGCCGCCACCGCCGGUGCCUGCGCCGACGAUAUCUGAAGCAUGUCCAUGCGUGUCACCUCCUCCACGGUGUGAGCCAGCUUGGUGCGCGUGCGGCGCUGGAGGAGCGACGGCGUACUGCACGUGGUCCGGGCCCACGUGCUCGACUAGACUGCCUAAGUCUUUGUCUUAUGCGGCUCCAUUGAACCGCGUGUGCUGUUCAGCGGCGGCGCACUACCCCGAGUGCUGCCGCGGCGUCAACGUGCCGCUGCGGCCAUCCCGCAGCGUGCCGGAGGGGCUGGCCCGACGCGGAAGCGUGUGGUCCCGCCCCGGGUCGUGCCGCGGGACCUGCCCGCACCGCCGCCGCGAACACCACCUCAUCGAACAAAUCACCACCUCUGUAUGAUAUUUUUUACACGCAACUAUGUGCGCAAUUCAAAACGGAACAAACAUUCAAGUGAAUAUAUUGAUGAUGUGUAAAUAUUUCUUUUCAAGUAGUGGUUGAAUGAUAAAGAGAUAGUCUAGUUAAAGAAGCAAUAAAGGGAUUGAUAAUGGUGGUUGCCGUUUCACAGAUACAGAGAUUGAAUAAGUGCUGAAACAAUUUCAUUUCCAAUGAAAUAUCACGUGUACUGUUUAGUUGAAGGAGUUAUGUUGAUCGUAUUUCUUGCCAGAACCAAUUGUACAUCUUAUCAAAACAUUUACAACUUCAAAAGUAGAAUAUUAUAUUGACUGUAAAAUACAUUAGAACCUUUUUCUAAUUCUUGGAGUACUUGUGGGACCUUUGUCGUUGUAGUUGAUGCUCAUAUUUUUUAGAACAUAGACCUGUCAUUUUCAAAACUCUUACUGUAUUUCUGUCCUGUGUAUUUUCUCAUAAGAUACGAUUUAUUUCCAAUUUCAUAAAUGGCUAGUUCUGUAAAAACAGAUUAAAUAUUAGAAAUAUUUAAAUAUACAUAUUGUAUAUUAUAUUAUCAACAGUUCUAUGGGAAAAUUAUAUUACAACUGAGUCAAUUUUAACCGUUCAUUAAACAUACAUUACAAUUAGAAUAUGUUCAGUUUUGUUAUUGUUAACAAUUUUAUUGUUCGUUAGGUAUUUUUAAUUAUAUUUUGAUUGUUAAAAAGUUUGUUAUUAAGUUGUUUUUGUACCAAAGUGUGAUUUACAGUUUUGGUGAUAAAU